UGAAAUUUGAGAAAAGUUGUGAGAAAAGUCUUAUUUUCAACGAUGUAAAACUCUCUAAGGUGAACUUAUGUCAAUGGUUUAGUGUCUUUAGAUUUUAUUUGUAUAGUUAGUUKUUAAUAUAUGCAAGAAUGUGGGUGAAUAAGAUCGAGUUCACCCCCCGGUAGUCGGGUCACUCUUCACAKACAGCGAUUGUUCAUGGAUAAUUCAUCAGAUACUGCUCAAGUUUCGCUAUAUUUUUACGAGAAUUUGAGAUGGAAUCCUCAAAAACUAAAGUAAGCAAGAACAGGAGUUUAUCCCUAACCCGUAAAAAACGCAAAGCUGAUGACAAAGAUUCAAAAUCAGAUGUUUUAGAAAAAUCAAAGACUCCAAAAAAACUUCACAAAACUCCURAWAAGUCGACUGUKGACGAGCCAGCUCUUCAUUUGAAUCGAACUAUUACUGACUGGAUUAGRAAUCCAGMCCGAGAGAGACGUGUUCGCUGUCCUGUUUGCAACUGCAAAGUUUUACAUUCAAAUAUAAAUAACCAUUUGGAUGCAGGGUGUGAAGACAAAGAUUUGGUUAAGGAACUCCAUGUAGAAGAGAACGAGAACAAAAUUGCCAAAAAAUCAAAGCUAGACUUGAUAUCAAAAAAUAAAUAUACAACAAAGAAUUUGAAUARGSCUGGUUACACUGAAAUCCUUGUAAAUAAAACCUCUGAAAGCCAAGAAAUUUGUAUAGUUGACAAUGUUGAAAAGAGAAGUUUAGAGAACAGUUCAAUACAAGUAAMAAAGAAAUUGAGAAAUUCACAUGAUGUAGGAUUGUCCAACAAGGAUAUUUUAGCAACUGGUAAACCAUGUAGGUCUGACAAUUUAUUUYCAUCCCAARUCUCCUCUUUGUAUGACAAUGGCAACUCCUCGGAAGCUUCAAACACAGUUGAAACUACUACAUGUGAAUUGAUGGAAACGUCACAUGAAACAAGCUUUAAUGACACUGCUGAACAAAAUGAAAAACAAGACCCCUAUUACUUGGCAAAUUUCAAGCUUGUUGUUGACACCAUUCUUUCCAAUGAUGAAGACAAAAGUUURUUCAAUGAAGCUGAUAUGAAAGUUAUAAAAAAGUUUCAGGGUUUUCCCAUAGAGUGUCAGAAGUUGUAUAUCAGACUUUUUCAAAGGAAACCUGGAUGGUUYCGAUGUUCGAAAUUAGAUUAUCCAAAGAUAGCAAAGGACUUGAAUCCAGUAUUGAGUCAGCUACAAAAAUCAGGUUUUCUUGAGAGUGACCAGUGCCUUACUGACCUAUAUGAGACACUGAUGUUAUUGCCAGUUGGUGAUCUGAAAGAAAUGGGAAAGUCUUUACAUAUCAUUCACAAUAAAUCAUCACAGGGACAAACAAAAAGUACCAUAAUUCAAACUCUGAUCAAACAUGGUAAAACUCAAAGAACUAUAUUUGGMAAUGCAUCAUCCAUUGUCUUGAAAAGAGCAAAAUCUGUUCUUGGUUCAUGUGUCCGAGUGUCUCAAGAUCCRAAGUUUGUGUUUCUUCGACUUCUGCUUCUGUUCACAAUGAAUAUAAUACCAGAGGAUGAAGAAAACAAGCAGAAUGGACAAGCRCAACAGUUGUCAACAAUAUUCUUAGCUAACAUUGGAAAGCUACAAUACCAAGAAUAUGAUAUUUUAAGGUCACUGAAAGUAUUUGAGGAUCGAGACUACAUGAUAAAGUUUGCUAAAGCUUAUCAAGACAAACAUGAGAUGUCUGCUGCACUUGAAGUGACAGGGGAUUUAGACCUGGCWUACAGMUAUUACCCAAAUGCUGCUGAAAUGUUUAAAAAGACAGUUUUGGAUUCUUUGAAAGCCCCAAACAAGCCAUUCUCUGCCACUCUCCCGGUCCACUUGCGUUGCUUCUCUCCUGAGUGGGUCUACACAAAAAUGUGUUACCUUGGAGUUGAGGUUCUUCAGAAAAUGAAGCGAUAUGAAGAGGCUGUGGAGCAACUGCAACUUCUCCUACAACAAGAUGUUUACUGCGCAGACUGCAGAGGGAAAUGGUGGGAGAGACUAGCGCURAACACUCACCAGCAUUUGAAACAACCUCUUCAGGCUUUAGAGAUCUCCAAACAAGGCCUAGAGGAUCCUUUUGUUCGUUUUGGACGCCGUUUAGCCCUUGUGCAGAGAGUUAAAAAGAUUUCAUCGUCAGCAUCGUUUAAAAAGAAGAAAUCUGAAGAUGUUUGUCACAUUGAWGAGACACUUCUGAAGGAACCAAMCCCAKCAGAAACAAUAACAAUCCAAGGAAAGAGGUCAGAGCAGUUAGCUGUAUUCAUAUCGCACGAGGUGACAAAGAAUGGUGAAAUACAAGAAGAUACGAUGACAUUCCUCAAAGUGGAAGAGUAUGCGCUGUCRCACUAUCGUCAAGAAGGCUACGAUGAAGGGAUUCAUGGUGAAACGUCUACGUUCACUACACUUUAUGGACUCUUWUUCUGGGAUAUUAUUUUCUUGUGUGGUGUUCCAGAUGUGUUUAGAGCACCGUUUCAGUCUUCGCCUUUGGAUCUCAACUACGAUACAUUCUACGUAAAGAGAAAAGACUUGAUUGACAAACGAUUGGAAGAAAUACGAAGUUCUUCAACUGAGGCUCUUUUAGAGAUGUUUGAGMGAAGCUGGACUGACAACGAUGGUAGGAUUUGUUCUGGCGUCAGUUGGGAGAGAUUCAACAGCCUUGAGCAAGCCAAGCAAUUUGUAUCAUGUGUUGGUGGCAAGGUAUUGUCUGGGGUAUUCACACAUUUUGCACAAGACAUGCGCCAUUGGCAUUCUGGGAUGCCUGACUUGGUGGUCUGGAAUUCUUCYAAYCUUCAGUACAGGAUUGUAGAAGUCAAAGGUCCUGGCGAUAGGCUGUCUACCAAACAACAAAUAUGGCUAUCGGAGCUGGCGUCAUUUGGUGCGACCGUUGAAGUUUGUUACGUUACAGCUGUCGGGGGCCGCAAGAAACUUAUGGCAUCUGCRUCUUCAGAUAAUUGACAUUUUAUUGGGGCUACGGUUUUUGAGUUUUAAACCAGAGAUCAUGAGAAUUAUUUGCUGCCAACUCAUGAGGCAUGCUUCUCAGUCCCUCCUAGUCUCCUCGCAGCCGUGUUUAGUUUCGGUCACGCGUCACGCAACCUGUGGAGAGGUUGCGUGACGCGUGACCGAAACUAAACACGGCUGCGAGGAGACUAAGUCCCUCCCUGCGAAAGGAAAAAUGCUUGUCUCAAGAUAUCUUAUAUAACUGCGAGAUUAUGCAUAGACAUUCAGAUACUUGAAAGACUCGGCACAAUCUAGACACUUAAACAGGCUAAUUAAAUAAAUAAACAUAUUAUUUUCAAG